UUUAGAACCACUAAGCAUCCCAUACGUGUCCUCUGUGUAUUGAUCUUCUCUCUCUCUCUGCUCUUUCUUUCUCAUCGGUUUUGCUCUCCUUCUCCAAAUCCGUGUUCGAAUUCUUUGAGUUUAUGUGUUGAUUUGAAUCUUGUGAAUCUCCUCGUUGGAAUUGAAAUCACCUCUCUUCACUGAAUCGCCGAUCGGUAAUCAAUCCGUAAACCCUAAUCAUUGUUUGAUUCUGAAUUUUUUUUGUAUCAGGGAGAAGACGGAGAUUCAUGGCUAAUAAUCAUAUCAUGCUCUACUUAGCAUCUGUUAUCUUGCUUCUAGGGAUUAUCAGUUCAUCCUUCAACAUGCAGAAAAACGGAACCAUGUUUAACAUUGUGAAGCUAGAUGUAUCCGCAAGGAAGGAUGUCUCAUGAUUACAGGGAGAUGUGUGUUGGAGACCAUCUUGCUGUUAAGGGAACAAAGUUUGAGUGGGCGUGGCAGCAUCCGAAAGCGUGCAGUACGAGAAGCUGCUGCUGCUUUCAAGUCUUUCUCUGGACUUGCACGCAAGAUCAAGCUUGCAUACACAACGCUAACUCUUCCAGCUUGGAAUAGCUUGAACCUGACAGUCAACUAUUUCUCAUCAAAAUAUGCGCACCACAGCGGUGUUUCUCCAAGUUUGCCCCCCCACAUGAAAGUUCAAGUCUGUGCUAAAGGAGACAACGAUUCUCAGCCCGAAGAUGAAGAGAGUCUUGAUAGUAAUGAAGAAGAGGAUGAUGAUAAUACCCAAAGCCAGCCUAGGAAUCCAACUACAAGCUCAUUGGAUGGCUUUCUAAUUAUAAAUUUGUAUUUCUAUUUUUCAUAUGUUUUUAUGUCAUGUUUGUUUAAAUGUUAUGAAAUCAAAUAAUUUAUAAGUUUUGUAAUAUUUAAGUUUAAUAAUUUAAUUUCUAAAAAAAAAUAUUUAAGAACCUCAUAAGGGUUCUUCCA